UAUGGGCUCGAAGGUCCGGUUGCUGGAAUCUACUCGGGUUGCAGCUUUGCUGAAUGCUGGCUGACUCGUGCAUCCUCGCUUAGGGCGGUGAGAGUGUUGUGUUGGUAUCCCUCCAACUCUCCAAAUUCAUCCUCUUCCCUCCUUUCAUUUUAUUCUCCCUCUCUCUCUCUCAUCUCUAUUAAAUCACUCUCUGCAUCCAUUUCCAAACGCUUCAUUUGCUCGUCGGACAACCCAGGCCACUUCCUUGCGUUGGUUUUUCUCGGCGUUGUCCUUUUCUCCUGAUCAGACCUCUAGGGUACACGAUGCCGCUGUUCCUCUCGGAGGAGGAGUUCCAGCGAUGUUCUCAUGAUGCUUCUCUCGUUGCUGAGAAGGCCGAUUCCUUCAUUAGAGAUCUCCAUCGCCAGCUGGAGACCGUAAAAGCUCAGGCAGACGCCGCUUCGAUCACCGCCGAGCAGACCUGCGCCCUCCUCGAACAGAAAUACAUUUCUCUCUCUUCAGAGUUUGCUAAGCUUGAGUCCCAAAAUGCCCAGCUCAAUGCUACUCUCGAACAAAAGGUCUCAGAGCUUGCCGAAGUUCAGGCCGAUAAACACCAGCUUCACCUGAAAGCUAUUAGCAAAGAUGCAGAGAUUGAGAAGUUGUCCAUUGAAGCUUCCGAGCUUCAUAAGUCCAAGCGUCAGUUGCUUGAAUUGCUGGAGCAGAAGGAUUUAGAGAUCGGCGAGAAAAAUGCUACCAUUAAGAGUUACCUGGACAAGAUUGUUGGCAUGACAGAGAAUUCUUCCCAAAGAGAGGCUAGGUUGCAGGAUAGUAUGGCAGAGUUGGCACAUUCUCGUGAUGUGUGUUCUCGUCUCUCACAGGAGAAAGAACUCAUUGAGAAGCAUAAUGCUUGGCUAAAUGAGGAAUUAACUGCCAAAGUUGGCAGUCUCAUUGAGCUUCGUAAAACACAUGCCGAGUAUGAAGCAGAUAUGUCAGCUAAGCUGGCUGAUGUUGAGAGACAAUUGAAUGAAUCUUCAAGCUCUUUAAAGUGGAAUAAAGAAAGAGUGAGAGAGCUGGAAGCAAAACUGAAGUCUACACAGGAGGAGUUGUGCUCAAUCAAAGAUGCUGCUGCAACAGAUGAAGAGCGCUUGUCUGCUGAAAUUUCAACUGUUACUAAGCUAGUUGAGCUCUACAAAGAGAGCUCUGAGGAGUGGUCUAGGAAGGCUGGUGAACUUGAGGGUGUGAUCAAGGCACUGGAGACACAUUUGAGCCAAGUUGAAACUGAUUACAAGGAGAAACUUGAAAAGGAAGAAUCUGCAAGAAAAGAAGCUGAGAAGGAAGCUGCACAGUUGAAAGAGAAAGUUGAGAAGUGUGAAGCAGAAAUUGAGAAUGCUCGGAAAGCUAAUGAAUCAAGUCUUCUUCCACUAAGCAGUUUUGCAGAGGAAAAAUGGGUUCUAGGAGUUGCAACUGAUGACAUGAAUGGGGAUAGUGACAUACCUGUGCCCAGAAUUCCUGUUGGUGUUUCAGGAACAGCAUUAGCUGCCUCUCUUUUGCGUGAUGGUUGGAGUCUGGCAAAAAUGUAUGCAAAAUAUCAAGAGACUGUUGAUGCACUGAGGCACGAGCAAUUGGGAAGGAAGCAAUCCGAUGAGAUUUUACGAAGGGUCCUAUAUGAAAUAGAAGAGAAGGCUGCAGUGGUUUUGGAUGAACGAGCGGAACAUGAGAGAAUGGUUGAAGCAUAUUUUCUCAUGAAUAAGAAAUUGCAGGAGUCGCUUCCUAUGCAGUCUAAUCUAGAAAGAACCAUCCAGGAAUUAAAGGCUGACUUAAGGAGAAGGGAACGUGAGUAUGGUGCAGCAGAGAAAGAGAUUAGUGACCUUCAGAAACAGGUGACUGUUCUUCUCAAGGAAUGCCAUGAUAUUCAGCUCAGAUGUGGAUCUAUUGGACAAGCUUAUGCUGAUGAAGUUGCUAAUGCUCUAACUGUUGGAAUGACUGAUGAGUCGGAUGCGGAGAAAGUCAUUUCAGAGCGACUUCAGUUGACUUUUAAGGAUAUAAAUGGAUUAGUUGAGCAGAAUGUCCAGCUUCGAACUCUUGUACGCACUCUUUCUGAAGAAAAUGAGAAAAUAGAAACAGAGUUACGGGGCAAAUUUGAAAUGGAGCUCCAAAAGCAAAAUGACGAGGCUGCUUCUAAAGUUGAAACAGUGUUAAAGAGGGCAGAGGACCAAGGGCGUAUGCUAGAAUCACUUCAUAGUUCUGUUUCAAUGUACAAGAGAUUACAUGAAGAGGAGCUUAAAAGUCGGGCAUCUUACCCUCAUUGUGCUGAUACAGUACCAGCGGCCGAUGGAAGGAAGGACUUGAUGCUAUUGCUUGAGGGCUCUCAGGAAGCUACAAAAAAGGCUCACGAACGGGCAGUUGAACGUGCUAAAACUCUGAAAGAGGAGUUGGAAAAGUCGAAGAGUGAUGCUUUAUCACUACGAUUAGAACGUGAUAAGUUUGCAAUGGAAGCGAAUUUUGCACGAGAGAGGCUUGAUAGUUUUAUGAAAGAAUUUGAGCAUCAGAGAGAUGAAGUCAACGGAGUUCUAGCUAGAAAUGUAGAGUUUUCACAAUUGAUAGUUGAGUACCAGAGAAGACUACGCGAAAAUUCUGAUUCUGUGCAUGCAUCUGAAGAGCUUUCUCGAAAGUUAAGUAUGAAGGUGUCUGUUUUAAAACAUGAAAAAGAAAUGCUGUUGAAUUCUGAAAAAAGGGCUUGUGACGAGGUCAAAAGUUUAUCAGAGAGAGUCCAUCGUCUACAGGCUAGUUUGGACACAAUCCAUAGUGCUGAGCAGGUUCGCGAGGAUGCCAGAUCUAUGGAGAUGAGAAAACAAGAGGAGUAUAUUAAGAAACUUGAGCGAGAAUGGGCUGAAGCUAAGAAGGAGCUGCAAGAAGAACGGGAUAAUGUUCGAACUCUUACACGUGAUAGGGAAAACACUCUAAAAAAUGCCAUGAAGCAGGUGGAACAAAUGGGAAAGGAGUUAGCAGAUGCUUUGCAUGCUGUUGCUGCAGCUGAGGCUAGGGCAGCAGUUGCUGAGGCUCGAUGCUCUGAUAUGGAGGGAAAGAUUAAAUCUUCUGAGAAAAAGUUUACUGGUGUUGAUAGUGGAAAUGGCUCUUCCAUUGCCUCAACUAAUGAGGUUAUGCUGGACAUAAACAAGGCUAAAGAAGAGAUAGAAAAACUGAAAGAUGAAGCCCAAGCUAACAAGGAUCACAUGCUACAGUACAAAAACAUUGCACAAGUGAAUGAAGCUGCAUUAAAACAAAUGGAAUCAGCACAUGAAGAAUUUAAGGCUGAGGCGGAUAAGUUGAAGAAGUCACUAGAAGCUGAAAUUGUUUCACUGAGGGAAAGGAUUUCGGAACUUGAAAGUGAUUCUAUAUUGAAGUCAAAAGAAGCUGCAUCUACAGUUGCAGGGAAAGAAGAGGCUCUGGAUUCUGCAUUAGCAGAAAUGACCAGUCUCAAGGAAGAGAUGUCUGUGAAAAUGUCCCAAAUUGUGGGGAUGGAAAUUCAAAUUUCUUCAUUGAAGGAAGAUUUGGAAAAGGAACAUCAGCGUUGGCGCACUGCUCAGAACAAUUAUGAGAGACAGGUUAUACUUCAGUCUGAGACAAUUCAAGAGUUGACAAAAGCUUCUCAAGCAUUGGCAGUCCUGCAGGAAGAAGCUGCAGAGCUACGCAAAUUUGCUGAUUCUCAGAAAAGUGAAAAUGACAUACUAAAAGCAAAAUGGGAAGGAGAGAAGUCAUUGUUGGAAAAAUCGAAGAAUGAAGCUGAGAGAAAGUACAAUGAAAUUAAUGAACAGAACAAUAUAUUGCAUGGUCGCUUGGAGGCCUUGCAUAUUAAAUCGGCUGAGAAGGAGCGUGGUUCUAUUAGUGUUCCAUCUGGAAGCACAAGAGAAGAUUCAAAAGCUGAUGGUGAUCUGCAAAAUGUGAUUCAUUAUCUUCGGCGAUCCAAAGAAAUUGCAGAGACAGAGAUUUCAUUGCUCAAGCAGGAGAAACUGCGCUUACAGUCACAGCUUGAGACUGCUAUGAAGGCAUCUGAGACAGCUCAAGCAUUGCUUCAUGCAGAACGUACAAAUUCUAGAGCGCUACUGUUCACAGAUGAAGAAUUUAAAUCCUUACAGAUGCAGGUCAGAGAAAUGAACUUGCUUCGUGAAAGCAACAUGCAACUUCGGGAGGAAAACAAACACAAUUUCGAGGAAUGCCAGAAAUUGCGUGAAGUAGCUCAGAAGGGGCGGAGUGAGAUAGAUCAUCUAGAAACUCUUUUAAGGGAGAAACAGAUUGAGGUGGAUGCUUGUCAGAAAGAAAUUAUGAUGCAAAAGAUGGAGAAAGAACACUUGGAAAAUAGGAUUGCAGAGUUGCUUGAAAGGUGCAAAAAUAUUGAUCCAGAGGAAUAUGAUCGCAUGAAAGAUGUUUCUCAGCAGAUGCAGAUAAAAUUGAGAGAGAAAGAAGCUGAGAUGGCAGAAACUAAGACACUUGUUUCUGAGAAGCAAGAUAUGAUAUCUCGUUUGGAGCAGGACCUUGCAAACUGUCAGUUGGAGCUAAGUAAAAUGGAGAAAAGGCUAAAUGAUGCUCGUCAAGUUGAGGAUACACUCAAAGCAGAUGUAGAUAAGCAAAAGAAGCUAGUACUUCUCCAUAAGAAGAAAAUUGAGAGCGUGGCAAAGGAAAAAGAUGACCUGAGCAAAGAGAAACUAGCUCUUUCCAAACAGUUAGAAGAUUCUAGAUCAGGAAAGAGGCCAAUAGGGGAUGCUACAAAUGAACAAGCCUUGAAAGAAAAGGAGAAGGAGAAGGACACUCGGAUACAGAUACUGGAGAAAACUCUUGAGAGGGAACGAGAGGAGUUGCGGAAGGAGAGGGAAGACAACCGGAAAGAAAAAGUAAGACGUUUGAAGAAUGAGAAGGCAAUGUCUGAUCUUGCUCAGAGAGUUGAGAUGGAGAAAAAGAAGCUGGUUGAUGAAUUUGAGAGGAUUAAGCAGGCCAAAGGGAGCCUUCAAGAGAGCGGUGGAGCAUCAGUGGCUGAGCUUCCUUCUGAGAUUGCUUUGGAAGACCAGUGUGCUGCCUUUGUUCGGGCUGUUGAAAGUUUACAUGAGGCAGCAAAUCCAACUAUCAAUGAUGUAGCUGGAGCUCGUCCACUUCCUGUAGAGAUUUCUCCAGUUGUGGAUAUGGCACCUACUUCAGCUGCUGGUCGUCAUCUUACUGCUCCAGCUCAAGGUACCCAAAUUUCAAUGGGGACUAUAGCAAGCCAUUUACAAUCUAAAACAACAGAGGAAAGAGAGAAAAGGUCAAACUUGCCAAAAAGUGGUAUUGAAACCCGCAAAACAGGAAGGAAGUUAAUUCGACCUCGCCUUGGACGGCCGGAGGAGCCUACAGGCGAUACUGAGAUGCCUGAACUGGAAGGGCCAUCCAACAGUGAGGGGAAGCUUGGAGCAUCUCAUGACAUUGAGCAUUUGGGAGACCUAUCUAUAUCUGUUCAAACGUCUGUUCGCAAACGUGUAGCUUCUACCUCGGCUUCUGAGUUACAAGAAGAGUCAGUUGCUCAACAAGAGACCAGCUCAGAUAUGGCAGCACCUGCACUUAAGAAGUCUAGGGGUUCGGAUUUUCCUCAAGAGGAUGCUGAAAGGCAGCCUUCUGUGCCUCCUGAGUGCAUUGAAACACUACCAGCUUCAGAAGAGACACUUGAAGCUGUCGGUGCACUACUUCAUGCCUCAAAUGAUGAGUCCAUUGAUGUUGAAAAGGACGAGGAUGCAGAUAAUACAAAGGAGCCUGUUGAAGAGCCAAGGGGAUCACCACUUGAUGGCAUGAAUCAAGAUGAACAGCAGGAUGAUAUUAAUGCUCUUUCUGAAGAGACCUUGGGCAAGGCAAAAGAAACAGAGGAGGAUUUUGAUGAGGGAUCAAAGGACAGUGAAGGGCAAGAUGCGCAGCAGCCAGCUAUGGAUGUUGAAGGUGAGAGGGAAGAGGGAGAGUUGAUACCAGAUAUGAUGGAUCAGGAGGGUGGUGAUGUGGCAGUUACUAUGACCAGCCCAGAGUCGGGGGAAGGUCAACCUGAGUCUGCAAUGGUUCCUGUUGCUAGUUCAGCUUGUAAUGAAGAGGAGGUUGUUACUGCCACAGAAGUCGAUGUGACUGAGACUGCUAUUUCUGAGGUUCUACAUGAAGACAAAACCGAUGGAGCUGAUGUAAAAGAAGAAAUUACUGAAGGCUCUGAUAAAUCUACUAAUGAUAAUGACCAGGCAACCAUGGAAACUGAGCAAAGUCCAAAGGCUGCUUUUGGUUCUGCUGAGAGUUCAUUGUCAAGUAUGGCUAUGGACAGUACUGUUUCAAAACCAGUCAGUCCCAGUGUCGGGGCAGAUGUUGAGCAGCCGAAAGAUGUGGCAGCUGGAAAAAGUCCGACCACCAUAAAUUUGAAUGAGAGAGCUAGACAAAGAGCCUUGCUGCGACAAGCUGGAGUUGUCUCUCCUAUGACUAGAGGGCGUGGCAGAUCUGGCGUUGCAAUUAGGAAAGAAGGCACUCGUGGUGGUCGUGGACGUGGAAGGGGUCGUGGACAAGGUUCUGGUGAUAAAGAACAGAAUUGAGGGUCCAAUGAUCAAGAGCUGUGGAUAUGAGUUUUUUUGGCCACUUUUAUGUUAUAUUAUACCUGUAAUUGUUCGGCAAUGAAAGAUGUACUUUGCGGAAUCUUGCAUGAUAGCCUCUAAAAUAUCCGAGGGCACUGGAAAUGCAAUUUCAAAAUGGUAGUCACAAUAUGCUUUAAAAUUCAUGGAUAUGGUGGAAUGAUUGCAAUUGGUAUGGCUUCGCUGAAAGCUGAAUACAUACACUGAUAACAAACUAACAAUAAUUUGAAGGGUUAAAUAUGCAGAUGAUAUAUAUUACAGAUUUGCCAAAA